UGAUGUGUCCAUCCUUGGCCUCCUCUACUGUCAGACUGAGGCCAAACGUAAACUGGAGGAACAACACCUGAUAUUUUGCCUUGGGAGCUUACAGCCCAAUGGCCUCAAUAUUGACUUCAGCUUCAAAGUCUCUCCACCCCCAGCCUUCUCCCAUGCCUCACCCCCCCCUAACCUUUUAUAACCCUGCCCAUCCUCCUACUCACCUGCUUACUCCACACUUCCCACUAACCAAUCACAACAACUUCCCGACCUGAUGAAGGGUGUCGGCCCGAAACGUAUGACUUAAUGCUCCUCUCUGCUGUGGUUUUUCCAGCUUUACGUUCACGGACUCUGGCUACCAGCACCUGCAGUCCUUAUCGUCUGCCGGCGCAUUUUCCUGCUUUGAGGGUGGCAAGGAUUAAAGCAAUUUGCGAGUAGCAGAUAAAGCAGCAUGGAUUGUUCUGCCUGUGUACGGUGCAGAAGGGUUUCGUGAUUUUGAUAGUUUUCGCCUGGUGUUUAUUUUUCUUUCCGCCAGGCUCCGAGAGUUCCAGGCAUUUGUAGUUCACCAAUGAUCGUAAAUGAGCAACGCUCGACACAACCAUGUUUGGACAGUAGAUUUCUGCUGGCCAGAACUAAAGCUUCAAAAGGAAAUGUCCCAGUCUGCCUUGAGGAUUAAAAUGGCUGCUGUGUUUUAACAUUGUGGCAAAGAGAGAGUGCUGCGCUCAGCACCAGAUGGCUCGCUUCUUCAGACGGCUCAUAGACUUCAAGAAGAACAGGAACUCCAGUCCCAAUUCCAGGUUGAAUCCAUGCUCCAGCCCCCAGACAAGUGACAGGACAAAAAGCCCCCGUGAAGACCCAAGAUCCUGUAGUACCUCACUGCCCACAAGCCUACUGUCAUCACAGAAACUUGACAGCAGCGCCCGAUGGAGUAAGGAGUAUGACGUGUGUGUCUGUCACACUGAGGAUGAUAUAAUGUACGUUCAGGACCUCGUGUCAUUCCUCGAAUUGCAUCCUCACAGUCUGCGCUGCUUCCUGCAGCUCAGGGACACCACUCCAGGGGGUGCUGUCUGCUCUGAGCUUUGCCAAGCUGUCAGGGAGAGCCAUUGCUGGGUGUUGGUCAUCACACCCAGCUUUCUUAAAGACCCAUGGUGCAGGUACCAGAUGCAACAGGCACUGUCUGAAUCGCCCAUGGCCAAUGGACGGAUCAUUCCAGUCCGUAAGCAACUGGAACGGAAGGAUUACCCACUGGAACUUCGCUUUAUGUUUGGUAUUGAUGUCAGGGAGGACAAAGAGAAUGGAUUCCAAAAGAUCAAGUCUGCUAUAAUGCGUUAUCUUGAGGAACUCAGUAGUACGGAGAGGGACUUCAGACCCGGAGCACAAGAGGACCCAGAGUUCAAUAUGGACACUGCUAGUGGAACACUAAACUCAAGUGGGAAUUGUUGAGCAACUAAAGGACAACGCCGACUGAAAUCUGCUGUUGAGGAGAUGGGAUAUUGAAAAUGAAGUUAUUCUUGACUGAACCAAUACUUACGGGCAACAUUGAAAACUAUUUGUUUCUGUAAUAGCCUAGAUAACUUUUUUCCCCAUUGUACGUGUAUGUGUCUCUGUCAUUGGUCAUUUAUUUCAUUGCAAUGGAGUAAAAAUUCUGGUUUUGUCUAUCUGACUGUCUCUGCAUCUGCCCAUCUACAAAACUUCUCAGCUAUGCUUCAGUUGCUUCCACCUCAACUUUCUUGGUCAGUGCACUAUCUGCAAAUUUACCUUCAACUAAAUCUCUUGUCUCCUUAAUUGGAUUAGCUGCUGUUCAUCAAUGUCUGUGUUCACUGACCUUCACUACUUCCCCAUUCAGAAUCCUUGCUUUCAAAUCAUUCCACGAUCUCAUUGCUCCCUUUCUGUCUAACCAGCUCCAGCCCUACAACCAUUCAAGAUGGCACAGUAACUCUAUCCUGUUAAUCAUUCCUUUUUCUUUCUUUGCUCAAUUGGUAGCUGUGCAUUAAGCUCUCUUGGUACCUCCUUAGCAGAUGCAAUUUAAUGUGGAUAAAUGUGUGGUUAUCCACUUUGGUGGCAAGAACAGACAGGCAGAUUACUAUCUAAAUGGAGUCAAGUUAGGUAAAGGGGAGGUUCAACGAGAUCUAGGUGUUCUUGUACAUCACUCAAUGAAAGGAAGCAUGCAGGUACAGCAGGCAGUGAAGAAAGCUAAUGGCAUGCUGGCCUUCCUAACAAGAGGAAUUGAGUAUAGGAGCAGAGGGGUCCUUUGGCAGCUGUACAGGGCCGUGGUGAGACCGCACCUGGAGUAUUGUGUGCAAUUUUGGUCUCCAAAUUUGAGGAAGGACAUUCUGGCUAUUGAGGGAGUGCGGCGUAGGUUCACGAGGUCAAUUCCUGGAAUGGCGGGACGAUCAUAUGUUGAAAGAUUGGAGCAACUGGGCAUAUAUACUCUUGAGUUUAGGAGGAUGUGAGGGGAUCUGAUUGAGACAUAUAAGAUUAUUAAGGGAUUGGACAAUCUGGAGGCAGGAAGCAUGAUUUUGUUGAUGGGUGAGUCCAGAACCAGAGGACACAGUUUAAAAAUAAGGGGAAGGCCAUUUAGAACAGAGUUGAGGAGAAACUUCUUCACCCAGAGAGUGGUGGAUAUAUGGAAUGCUCUGCCCCAGAAGGCAGUGGAGGCCAAGUCUCUGGAUAGUUUCAAGAAAGAGAUAGAUAGAGCUCUUAAAGGUAGUGGAAUCAAGGGUUAUGGGGAUAAGGCAGGAACAAGAUACUGAUUAUGACCAUGGCUGAUCACCCACAAUGAAUGGUGGUGCUGGCUCGAAGGGCCGAAUGGCCUACUCCUGCAUCUAUUGUCUAUUGUCUCCCUACCAUCUUUGUGUAUAUUUCUCUGCACCUUUUCAUCUUUCCAUUGCAUGUCCCUAAUGUUUCAUACUCAGUCUCAGUGUCAAAUUUCUGUGAAGUGUAUUGGGCUUUUUUUUUGUUUUGAAGAUGCUAUCUAGCAUCUAUUACCAUUGCCACACCUGAGUCCUAUGUACGAAAUAUCAGAUCAACUUACUUCAAAUAUACAAGUACCUUCA